GACACACUGGUUUUUUUUUUUUAGGUAAAACAACAAGUGAUGCAUUCGUUCUAAUCUCUUAACUCCAUGCCACCCCUCCCCGCCCUGGUGUGAUGGAGGGCCGUGGUGGGCCCGGAUGAUACUCCCGGGUUUGUGUUGCAGGUUUCUCCUCUCAGCUGAUGGUGACGUCGUCGCGCGCCUUCAACCGAGCCCGUCUGUGUGUGUGUGACUUUUACAAAUGGGGGGAGGGAGGAGGAGGAGGGCUGCAGGGCGCAACCAUUUCACACCUCCGCCGCGCGAGGAGAGGGCCUGACAUUCAUCAUCCUCUCUGCUUUGCUUCCGAGGAUGACACUUCACAGAUAGGAAGCUCGUCUCCAGCCACACCACUGCGAACUGACGAGGAGAGGAGACGCACUGUGCUGGGGCGGUGCGCAAAGUCCGGCGCACGCACAGCCGCGCGCGGGGGGACGCGCAGCCGAGCCGAGCGCGUCUCCGAGGUGAGACAGCGUCCACUUUGCGGGGCUUUGCGAUUUCUCUGCGGAAAGCUCUCGAGAAGAGCCGGCGAGUGCCGAAGCUCCACAAGACCGACAGCAUCCCAUUCCCUGCGCUAUGGCAACGGAGAGACGACGAGGAGGAGGAGGAGGAGGAGGAGAGCGCUGAUUCACGGCGAUUCACGGCUCGCAGGAGGAGGGAGAGCCGCGCGCGACGGGGGCAGAAGAUCUAUCUCUCCACCGAGGGUGCAACCUUAAAAUACCGACCCCCCCUCACUCCUCCUCCUCCCUCCUCCUCCUCCCUCGUCAUUGACAGCUUUGCGACCCGGUCAGUCCGUCAGACAGGGAGGAUCUGGGGAGGAGGGCGCACAGGCAGGGAGAGGACGAAAAGCGCCAUCACCUCUGGCCGGUUUGAUCCAAUCGCCAAUAACCGAAGCGAGCAAGGCUGCGGGGACCUGCCUCCCUCUCUCUCUCUCUCUCUCUCUCUCUCUCUCUCUCUCUCUCCCCCCCCCCCCCUCUCUCUCUCUUCUUCCCUCCCUCCGUGUACAUGAGGACGACACAGCGGCAUCACCGGAGGAUUCUGGUCCGAGGACGAGGAGCACGUUUGGCUCAGGGGAUCCACACAGCGAGCUCGCAUACCGAGAAGCGUUGGCUGAUCUGAACGGCGACGACACGAAUAAAAGGGGGCGGACGGGAGCUGUGUGUGUGUGUGUGUGUGUGUGUGUGUGUGUGUGUGUUUCGCAGCCGCUGAGGGCGACCGAAGAAAACUCCCCGGAAUACAAAUCCAGGUGGUGGGUGGAGAAAAAGCACAGCCCAGUGCUGGAUCCCAGAGGGACUGUCAGUGUGGACCCUUGAGACGUAGGAGGGUGCAUGGAGGGUUCAAGGCCUGUAAAGCCAGGGUCCUCAGCCUGCCUCUGGUUGGGGCUGGUCUCGGUGGCUGUUGCCUUCCUUUGUACAGAGGCCCGGACCACUCCGAGUCCGCUGCUCAGCCCCAGCAAUGCAACUUGUGAGGGGAACUCGAAGUGUCGUGGGGGGAUUAUCCUGCCCAUAUGGUAUCCAGAGGAUCCUUCCAUGGGAGACAAGAUUGCACGGGUCAUUGUGUAUUUUGUGGCCAUGAUCUACAUGUUUCUUGGAGUGUCCAUCAUUGCUGACCGCUUCAUGGCGGCCAUUGAGGUAAUCACUUCCCAGGAGAAGGAAAUUGUCAUCAAAAGGCCUAAUGGGGAAACGACGACCACUAAAAUCCGGGUGUGGAAUGAAACAGUCUCCAACCUCACCCUCAUGGCCUUAGGCUCGUCUGCCCCUGAGAUCAUGCUCUCUGUAAUUGAGGUAUGUGGACAUGGGUUCCAAGCUGGUGAGCUUGGGCCUGCCACAAUUGUUGGCAGCGCAGCCUUCAAUAUGUUUGUCAUCAUUGGCCUCUGUGUGUCUGUCAUUCCCCAAGGAGAGGUACGCAAGGUCAAACACCUCAGAGUUUUCUUUGUCACUGCAGGCUGGAGCAUCUUUGCCUACAUCUGGCUCUACAUGAUACUGGCUGUGUUUUCUCCCAACGUAGUCCAGGUUUGGGAGGGUCUACUCACACUGGCCUUCUUCCCCAUAUGCGUCAUCCUUGCCUGGGUGGCGGACAGACGACUGCUCUUCUACAGGUUUAUGCACAAGAGGUAUCGCACUGACAAACACAGGGGAGUCAUCAUCGAGACGGAGGCUGAACGCUCCAAGGGGAUUGAGAUGGACGGCAAGCUGGUCAACUCUCACUUCAUGGAUGGAGGUGCAGCCAGCAAUCUGAUUGGUUUGAUUGAGAGCAAAGAGGUAGACGAGUCCCGGCGUGACAUGAUCCGCAUCUUGAAAGAUCUGAAGCAGAAGCACCCAGAGAAAGAGAUGGAUCAGCUGGUUGAGAUGGCCAACUACUAUGCUCUCUCGCACCAGCAAAAGAGCCGUGCUUUCUAUCGCAUCCAAGCUACACGCAUGAUGACAGGUGCCGGGAAUAUCCUGAAGAAACACGUUGCAGAGCAAGCGAAGAAGAGCGUCAGUGUGCAGGAGGUGCAUGUGGAGGAGCCAGAUGAGUAUGUAUCCCGGAUUGCUUUUGAGCCGGCUGUCUACCAGUGCCUCGAGAACUGUGGUGCUGCCAUUCUGACCAUCACCAGAAAGGGUGGCGACAUCGACAAGACCAUCUACGUGGAUUAUAAAACAGAGGACGGGUCAGCUAAUGCUGGGGCUGACUAUGAGUUCACAGAGGGCACAAUGGUAUUCAAACCAGGAGAGAUGUUCAAGGAAAUAAGCAUCGGCAUCAUCGAUGACGACAUCUUUGAAGAGGAUGAGCAUUUUUUUGUGCGCCUCAAUAAUUUGCGUGUCCUGGAGACCGAGGACGAGCUGCUGUCCCCCAACAGUCUCCCAUACCCGAAGGCCAUGCUGGGCUUCCCCAGUGUGGCCACUGUGACCAUCCUGGAUGACGAUCAUUCAGGCAUCUUCACCUUUGAGAGCAGCUCCGUGCACGUCAGUGAGAGCAUCGGCAUUAUGGAGUUGAAAGUGCUGAGGACUUCUGGAGCAAGGGGGACGGUCAUUGUGCCUUAUCGCACCAUAGAGGGACUUGCCAAAGGCGGAGGGGAGGACUUUGAAGACAACUACGGAGAGCUCGAGUUCAAAAACGACGAGACGUGCAAACUCAUUCACGUGAAAAUUAUUGACGACGAGGAGUAUGAGAAAAACAAGAACUUCUUCCUGGAGCUGGCCGAGCCGCGCAUGGUAGACAUGAGUCUGCAGAAAGCCCUGUUGUUAGCUGAUGAUCUGCCCGAGAGGAAGAUGACAUCAAACGAGGAGGAAGCCAAGCGCAUCGCGGAGAUGGGAAAGCCGGUGCUGGGCGAACACGCCAAGCUGGAAGUCGUGAUUGAGGAGUCGUACGAGUUCAAGAGCACGGUGGACAAGCUGAUCAAGAAGACCAACCUGGCGCUGGUGGUGGGAACGAACUCCUGGAGGGACCAGUUCAUGGAGGCCAUCACAGUCAGUGCAGACGAGGACGAAGAGGACACGGGCGAGGAGCGGCUGCCGUCCUGUUUCGACUACGUCAUGCACUUCCUCACCGUCUUCUGGAAGGUCCUGUUCGCGUGCGUUCCUCCCACGGACUACCUGAACGGCUGGGCCUGCUUCACCGUCUCCAUCAUCAUCAUCGGCCUGCUCACGGCCGUCAUCGGCGACCUGGCGUCCCACUUCGGAUGCACCAUUGGCCUCAAGGACUCGGUCACCGCCGUGGUGUUCGUGGCCCUCGGCACGUCUGUCCCGGACACGUUCGCCAGUAAGGUAUCGGCAGUCCAGGACACCUACGCCGACGCCUCCAUCGGCAAUGUGACCGGCAGCAACGCCGUCAACGUCUUCCUGGGAAUCGGCGUGGCCUGGUCAGUGGCGGCCAUCUACUGGCACAUGAAAGGGAAGCCCUUCGAGGUGCAGGCCGGCUCCCUGGCCUUCUCUGUCACCCUCUUCACCAUCUUCGCCUUCCUGGCCAUCUCGGUGCUCCUCUACCGGCGCCGCGCCCACAUCGGAGGGGAGCUGGGCGGGCCCCGGGGACACAGACUGGCCACCACGGCCUUCCUGUUCGGCCUCUGGUUCCUCUACAUCCUGUUCUCCAGUCUGGAGGCCUACUGUCAUAUAGAGGGCUUCUAAAAGCGGGGAGGACCUCGGCAUGAGAGACCGCAAACACACGGGGGUUUAGAGUGCAGCUUCCGAGGUAAAAGAGUGAACUCUCACUGUGGAAUUUGGGCCAGUCUAGUACGGUACGGAAGGACAGGAGGGGAAAACGUGGGGGCUUUUCCAGGACACCUCCCUCCCUCUCCCACUCUCUCUCUCUCUCCCUCAACCCCCUCUGUAAGGAUGCUUGGAGGCGCGUGUCCUGCCCUCCAGUUGCCGACAGGCCCGUUGGCCCCCGGCGUUCAGGGGCGCUGUCCCGAGCCCGCGCGAGCGAGCGAGCGAGCGUGCUUACAGUUGGGAUUGGGUUACCACCAAAUCCAGAGGAUGCCGAUGCAGAGCGCCGGUCCUGCAUUCCCCCUGGAAUAGUCUUAUAUGCGAGAGAGAGCUGAGUUAAUCAGAGGUCUAUAUUUUUCUCAACAUCUGACGAGAACGACUUUUUUUUUUUAAAAAGUAUUUUGGGGAUAAAAACGCAAAAAAACGAAUCAAACAACAACAAAAAAAAUGAACGCACACAUUACACGCAUACAAAAAGAGGAAUCAAAAGAACUAUUUUCUGAUCUAUGUUAAAGGAAUGAAAAGAGAUUAUAUAUCGUGAAUGGAAAGUAGGAUGUUGAGCGACAGUGGGAUGGAUCCAUAGUAUUUAUUUUUGUUUGCAUAGUUUCCUACGGAGCACUGCAGAGAAAUUACACAAACACGGAGAGGAGCGACGGUGGCGCUUCAUGACUGGCAAAUGAUGAAUCACCAUUCAAAACCGGCGGCGCGGAGGAAGAGGUGGACACAGUGAGCACGGUCAAACUGCCCUGAGCAUUACUUCCGUACUCUAUACGUAUCUAUAUAUAAUAUAUUUCCAUAUUUUCUGUAUAUUUUGAAUAUUUCUUUAAAUGUGGUCACCUUCUGCUCUGACAACAGAGGAGUCCUGUGGCUGAGCGGGAGGGGCGGGGAGGGGUGGUGGGAGGGGUCAAACUAUAUACUGGAACGAUGUCUUCACAUUUCUAAGAGUUAUGUAUCUUGCCUAGGUAAAAGUACGACAUUGUAUUUUAUUUAUUUAUUUACUGAUAUCUUGAUCUUAAUCGAAUUUUCACCUUUUCAAUCAGAAAUCUGAAAGAAAAAACAAACUGACAAAAAAAACAACAACAGCGUGUUGCUGCAGAGAUAAAUUCAGACGUAUUUUUGUACCGUUCCAUCCAUGCACUUUGCUGUAUAGUUCUAUUUAUGGAGACUUCUACUUGUACAUGUGCAAAAAGGCCGAUUUCAACGGUGUCACUAUGGACUGAACAGAGUGCCUGUGCACGGAGAGGCGUUCGCUGCAGCCGCCCACCCUGACCGAGCCGUUCGCUCUGCGGAGAAAAAACUAUCUGAAGAGCUCCUUUCCAAAAAUGGUGGUUACCCAUUUCAAAAGCAGCAUUUUUUGUUUUUGGGCCACACAAGCAAAAACAAAACAGGGCUACAAUAAACAGUUAUUUUAAUCAUCGAUUAAUCCGGUAAUUGUUUUCUCAAUUUAAUCGCCUUGUCUGUAAAAUGUGAGAAAAUUAUGAAAAAUGACAAUCCCAGGGUCCAACCGCCCAAAGGUCACAUCUUGUUUAGUCCGACCUUUUGUUCAAAUCCAAAAGAUAUUCAGCGUACAGUGAUGUACAAUAAAAAAAAGCAAAAAAAAAAUCUUCCAAUGCUAAAACCCUAAAAGCAAGAAAUAUUUUGUUAUUUCAGCUUGAAACGACUCAAAAAAAUUAUCAAUUAUCAUAACGGUUGCCGACUAUUUUUCCUGUUGAUCAACUAAUCAUUUAAUCAAACAAAACAUCUGCCAUAUUAUAAUCUUAUAGAAAGCUAACGCCCCGAUGCUGCAAGUUGUUAGCCGCUGUUCUACUAGCUUCUAUAUCUGUUACCUGUCUCAGGUUAAUCAGGUUUCGACAUCCAAUUUUACAAAUAAAUAUUUACGAAAAUCGACUUAGUUGAAACCGUUGUGAUCUUAACAGACAUAAAUGACAACUCAUUCGGUGGCAAAUAUAGUUUCACCUCUGAUUUCUUUGAAGUUGAUUUGGCUAAUGUGUUAGCAAAUGGCUGAUAAGCGACUACAUGAGUACAGAACACCGUUAGCAUCCAUUUGUAGUAGUUUUUCUGGCCAUCUCAAAAAAAAAAGAAAAAGUCCAAUAUUUGUUCUGUUUUUUUGCUCAUUUUGUCGUCAAAAAUAGUGAGUAUCUCACUUUCAGCUCAGAACAAUGAUCUAAAAGAGGCUGAAGGUUUCAUACGGCUGAGGGGGAAACUGCAGAGUUGGGUAAUAAUUCUCUGUGGCUUCAUAACCAUGAGCGAUAACUCUCACAUUAUACAUAGACACUUUAUUCAUUUAAAAAAAUCUAUUUGUGCAGCUUUAAAAAAAAAAAAAAAUCACCACGGGAGCAUAAAAUUACACGAUUAUGAUUUAACACCGUUGUCCAUCACAACUUCUCUUCUGGUCAUGAUGUAAAUGGAAGAUGUGGGUGACGCUCCAGUUUGGAUGGAAACUCUUCAGAGUUCAGAGCCGCGGCAGGUUGCUCCAGGGCGUGGAAGUUGAACGUGGCCUGAUACUGAUGCUGAAUCCUGUUUAACACACACACGACCGGUGCUUUGUUUUUAAAAAUGAGAGAAAAAUAGAAAGAAAAACGUACACACAUUUGAAAAACUUCCAAGAGCAGUAAAAGAAAAAAUGUGUUUGUUACUUAAUUUACAUAAAGUGUAUGUUAAUAUAUAUAUACAUAUAUAUAUAUAUAUAUAAUCGGUCAAUUCUUGGCUAAUUUAAAAGUCACCCAAGCGAUUUACCAAAGAGGUGGGAUGCAACAUCUGUUUGAGAAAAAAAAAUAUAAACAAAAAAAUAAAAAGGAAACAACAAAAAAGAAGGAAAUAAGUUACAGUAAGUGGCAGUGACACUGUAUUUCCACAAGGGGGAUGUCAAUCUCCAGUCCCUGUGGUCAUCAUCUUCUCUCGAGCACUCCUCCUCCUCCCCCUCAUCUUCCUCAGUGUUCUUCCUCUGUGGUGAGCAGUGUUGUAAAUAUGUCUCGUGGCUGAAUCGGAUGCUCUCGUCCCGGCCCUGGACCACACACACCUGCUCGCCUCACUCUUUCUCCCUCUCUCUCUUACACACACACACACACACACACACACACUGACUGACACAAACACACACACGCACGCACACACACACGCACACACACACACACACACUCUGACUGACUGACACAAACCCACAUUAUGUACAUCAUUUUUUUUCUUUUUCAGUGUAUGUUUACAUAUAGACACAGUAGAAGUGUCCUGGGGUGGGGAGCAGCAUGUCAACACAACUCAACUCUCAUAUCUCAUAUCUCAUCUACGGGUUCUCUGCAGCCGCUUCAUCUGAGCCAGUGGAAGUGUAAAGUUCUCAAGUUUAAUGUUUUAUUUUAUUCAUGUAUUUAUUAUGUUUGUCAUUAGGUCGCCCUCUCCUUUUGUUAAAAUUCAAAAAGAAACACAGAAAAACAUUUGAAGUUCUUGAUUUUAUCCUUCUGCCUUCAGUGGCUGCUUGUGUUAUUUGGUUGGAUUCUUGAUUUUUUAAUCAUAACAGCCGGGAUGUGAUGUGAUGAGCUGAGCGACGGCCAGUGUGUGUGUGUGUGUGUGUGUUUGUGUGUUUGUGUGUGUGUGUGUGUGUGCUGUGCAUGUUUCCCUGCUUGAAAAGCAAGUCCUCCUCGUCGCACUCGCGUGCACAGGCAGCUGCAGCGGCGGCGUUGUUGUCGUGGCGACUCUUCACAAGGGUACGCCAUCUUAAAUUGGUUCUGACAUUCUGUCUUAAAAAUACAUGUCUGACUUCUGUAAAAAAGAGACACCAGACCUUUUUUCUGUUCAUCUCAGCCUGCUGGAUGGAAGUGAAACAUCACCGUGCAGUAGUUAGACUUGUGGUUACUGAUGUUGUGAGACACUGAGGAAAGUGAAUGCUGUUCUUUUUAACUUUGCGUUGUGUAACAGAAAAGGGGCACGUUGUAAUGGAUGGGUAUGUCUUUUUUUUUUUUUCCUGGCCUGCAAUGAGAUGUCAAAAUUAAUUUUAAAGACAGAAGCAAAUUUCCAAAGCUGACGGAUGUUUUGAGAUCAAACCCGUUUUGUUCUUUUUUACUGUGGAAUAAAAGCUACUUCCUGGUUCAUAUCUGAAUCUGUGUUAAUAAUAUCAUGUUGCCACUGUCACAAAUUUGACUGAUCAGGAAUUUUUGGAAAGCAGACUUGUUUACUGUGUAUUUUUCGUCAGUGCAGGUCUUGAAAACUCUUCACAAAGGAAAAAAGAAAUACUUCCACCCCAAGGCCAAACAAAAGAACAUUUCUCAAACUGGCGUCAGCAGGGGCUUCGCAUAGCAACAGAGAUGUGGCAGAACGUUCUGCCAAUAAAAUGUACAUUGAAAAAGCA